GCCAUAGGAAACCGACGGCCACUAACGUUCUCUUAACCCUCUAAAAUUCCCCCCCGGCGAGACUCGAGAGAGCCGGUGACAUGGCUGUCGGGGUUCUUUCUUUACAGGGGUCUUUCAACGAACACAUCGCAGCGCUUCGAAGACUUGGAGUGAAGGGUGUGGAGAUAAGGAAGCCUGAACAGCUUCAGAAUAUCACUGCCCUUAUCAUCCCUGGAGGGGAGAGUACCACCAUGGCCAAGCUCGCUGAAUACCAUAACCUGUUUCCUGCCCUACGAGACUUCGUUAAAAUGGGGAAGCCUGUGUGGGGAACCUGUGCGGGCCUUAUCUUCUUGGCAAACAAAGCAAUUGGACAGAAGGCUGGAGGACAGGACCUCGUUGGGGGACUAGAUUGCACUGUCAACCGGAAUUUCUUCGGUAGUCAGCUUCAGAGCUUUGAGACAGAACUUUCAGUACCGGAGAUUGCAGCAAAGGAAGGUGGCCCUUCCACAUUUCGUGGAGUUUUUAUCCGGGCUCCUGCGAUACUAGAAAUAGGGCCAGAAGUUCAGGUCCUGGCUGAUUAUUCUGUUCCAUCCAACAAUUCAACAAAGCCAAAAUCUAACUCUGAAAAUCAGAUGGAAAAACCUGUGUCAGAAGAGAGAGUGAUAGUAGCUGUUAAGCAAGGGAACUUGCUUGGGACAGCUUUCCAUCCUGAAUUGACUGCUGAUACUCGAUGGCAUAGUUAUUUCUUGAAGAUGACAGGUGAAGUUGCUGAGCAAAAUAGCAACUCUAUCAUCAAAGAAGAAUAUUUGAGUGAUAAUCAACAACAAAAGAAUGAUCUCCCUAUAUUUCAAUGGUAGUAGUAGCGGAUGCAGAUGUUUGUUUGUUUUAGGGUUUUAGUUGGUGUUAUCUUUGAAGGUGAUUGAUAUGUAUUCCAGCCUACUGAAUG